CGGCGCCCGGAUCCGCUCAGCAUGCCGGCCCGGGCCCCGCCGCGCAGCCCGCGGUCGCCGCCGCCGCUGCUGCCGCGGCUGCUGCUGCUGCUGGCGCUGGGCGGCCGCCACCUGCGCGCGGAGCCUGGAGACGGCGCGCAGGUCUGGAGCCGCUUCGCGCGCCCUCCGGCCCCAGAGGCCGCGGGCCUUCUCCACGACACCUUCCCCGACGGCUUCUUCUGGGCCGUGGGCACCGCCGCCUACCAGACGGAGGGCGGCUGGCGGCAGCACGGCAAGGGCGCGUCCAUCUGGGACACGUUCACCCACCACCCGCCGGCGCCCCCGGGCGACCCCCAGGCAGCCAGCCUGCUGACGGGCGCCCCGUCGCCGUCCCCGCCCGCCACCGGGGACGUGGCCAGCGACAGCUACAACAACGUUUUCCGCGACACGGAGGGGCUGCGGGAGCUGGGGGUCACCCACUACCGCUUCUCCAUCUCGUGGGCGCGCGUGCUCCCCAACGGCAGCGCGGGCGCCCCUAACCGCGAGGGGCUGCGCUACUACCGACGCCUGCUGGAGCGGCUGCGGGAGCUGGGCGUGCAGCCCGUGGUCACCCUGUACCACUGGGACCUGCCGCAGCGCCUGCAAGACGCCUACGGAGGCUGGGCCAACCGCGCCGUGGCCGACCACUUCAGGGACUACGCCGAGCUCUGCUUCCGCCACUUCGGCGGCCAGGUCAAGUACUGGAUCACCAUCGACAACCCCUACGUGGUGGCCUGGCACGGCUACGCCACCGGGCGCCUGGCCCCCGGCGUCCGGGGCGGCGCGCGGCUCGGGUACCUGGUGGCGCACAACCUCCUCCUGGCUCAUGCCAAAAUCUGGCACCUCUACAACACGUCCUUCCGCCCCACCCAGGGGGGCCGCGUGUCCAUCGCCCUGAGCUCCCACUGGAUCAGCCCCCGGAGGCGGACGGACCACGGCAUCCAAGAAUGCCAGCGGUCUCUCGACUUCGUCCUCGGCUGGUUCGCCAAGCCCAUAUUCGUCGACGGCGACUACCCAGACAGCAUGAAGGGCAACCUCUCGUCCCUCCUGCCGGCCUUCUCGGACCCGGAGAAGGAGCUCGUCAAAGGGACGGCCGACUUCUUCGCUCUUUCCUUCGGGCCGACCUUGAGUUUCCAGCUCUUGGACCCCGCCAUGAAGUUCCGCCAAGUGGAGUCUCCCAGCCUGAGGCAGCUGCUGUCCUGGGUGGGCCUUGAGUACAACCGCCCGCAGAUCUUCAUCGUGGAAAACGGCUGGUUUGUCUCGGGGACCACCAGGCAGGAUGACGCCAAAUAUAUGUAUUACCUCAAAAAGUUCAUCAUGGAGACUUUAAAAGCCAUCAGGCUGGAUGGGGUGGACGUCAUCGGCUACACGGCGUGGUCGCUCCUGGAUGGCUUCGAGUGGCACCGGGGCUACGGCAUCCGGCGUGGGCUCUUCUACGUGGACUUCCUGAGCCAGGACAAGAAGCUGCUGCCGAAGUCCUCAGCCUUGUUCUACCGCCAGCUGAUCGAGAGGAACGGCUUCCCCCCUUCGCCCGAAAACCAGCCCCUGGAGGGGACCUUCCCCUGCGACUUCGCCUGGGGAAUUGCGGACAGCUACAUUCAAGUGGACACGGCUCUGUCCCAGUUCACGGACCCGCACGUCUACCUGUGGGACGUGCACCGCAGCAAGGGGCUCCUGAAGGUGGACGGCCUCGUGGCCAGGAGGAGGCCGCCCUCCUGCGCGGACUUCGCGGCCAUCCACGCCCAGGUGGCCCUCCUGCAGGACACGCACGCCACGCACUUCCACUUCUCGCUGGACUGGGCCCUGGUCCUGCCGCGGGGCGACCGGUCGCAGGUGAACCUCACCGCCCUGCACUUCUACCGCUGCCUGGCCAGCGAGCUGGUGCGCGCCAACGUCACGCCCGCGGUGGCCCUGUGGCGCCCGGCUGCACCGCACCAAGGCCUGCCCGAGCCGCUGGCCCGGCAGGGCGCCUGGGAGAACCCCCGCACAGCCCUGGCCUUCGCCGACUACGCCCGCCUGUGCUUCCAGGAGCUGGGCCCGCACGUCAAGUUCUGGAUCACGAUGCACGAGCCGCCCACGCGCAACCUGACCUACAGCGCCGGGCACAACCUGCUGAAGGCCCACGCGCUGGCCUGGCGCGCCUACGACGGGCACUUCCGGCGCUCCCAGAACGGGAAAGUGUCCCUGGCCCUGCAGGCCGACUGGAUCGAGCCGGCCUGCCCCUCCUCCCCGAGGGACCAGGAGGGGGCGGAGCGGGUGCUGGAGUUCGACAUCGGCUGGCUGGCCGAGCCCGUGUUCGGCUCCGGGGACUAUCCGCGGGUGAUGCGGGACUGGCUGAACCAGAGGAACAACUUCCUCCUGCCUUACUUCACCGAGGACGAGAGGCGGCUCGUCCAGGGCUCCUUCGACUUCCUGGCCGUGAGCCACUACACCACCAUCCUCGUGGACUGGGAGGAGGAGGAGCCGAGCAAGUACAACGGCUACCUGGAGGUGCAGGAGAUGACGGACAUCACGUGGCUCAACUCGCCCGGCCAGGUGGCCGUGGUGCCCUGGGGCUUGCGCAAAGUCCUGGGCUGGCUGAAGUCCAAGUACGGGGACCUGCCCACCUACGUCAUCUCCAACGGUGUGGACGACGACCUGCAGGCGGGCCAGGACCGGCUGAGGGUGUACUACCUGCAGAGCUACGUCAACGAAGCUCUGAAAGCCUACGCCCUGGACGGCGUCCACCUCCGUGGCUACUUCGCCUACGCGCUCAGCGACCGCACGGCGCCCAGGUUUGGCCUCUACCGCUACGCGGCGGGUCAGUUCGAGCCCAAGCCCUCGGUGCAGCGCUACAGGGAGAUCAUCGACGGCAACGGCUUCCCGGGCCCCGAGCCGCCGGGCCGACUCUGCCCGCGGGAGCUGGCACUGUGCACCGACUGCAGCUUCUUCCACACCCGGAAGGGCUUGCUGGCCUUCAUCGCGUUCCUGCUCUUCGCUGUCGUCGUUUCGCUCUCGCUCGUCUUGUACUACUCCAAGAAGGGCGGGAGGAGUUACAAAUAG